AUGGAAUCACCUCAGUACUCUCUCGUCAAUCCCCCGUUUGGGAGUGCCCCGUCUUCCAGGUCUCGCAGUAGCACCAAGAUUGUCGAAGACGUUACGAGCUUAACAUCUUUCAAUCCGUUCUCCGAAGAAGAUGAAAAUGAUCAAUCUUCAUACGCCCUCGUCACGUCUCUGUUUUCCAAGGUGAAGAGCACGUUAUCUGCACCUCUGUCUUCUGCUGCCACUUCGACGACUACCGCCAAUUCCUUUGCCACCCAGAGUACCCUUUCCUCUGACCAACGCCGGCCUUCCGUUCAUACCAUCGUCUCCAAUCAAUCUAGCAAGUCUUAUUCCGAGCGUCUAAACCCCAUUAACGUCGCGCUCUCCAACCCUGCUCCUCCCUUGGUCUCCUUGACCCCAGUGGUAUCAGAGACACCAUUUUACAACGCAGAAUACGAUAGACCUCCAUCUCGUGGCGGAUGUUAUUCCCCUGACACCCCGGACGGUGGUGCCUUUGGAACUGUUAUCCCUGGUUUUCCUAUCCAAGACAGUGAUGCCAGAAGCGUCAGGACAACGGGCAGCAUACGAAGAUCUGCAUCGGUGUCGAAGGUCAUUCGAAGGAUUCGAGGGGAAGGCUUAUCCCGUGAUUAUUGGAUGGAUGACGAGUUGUGCAAAGAGUGCUACGACUGCAGGAGCGUAUUUACCACUUGGCGUCGCAAGCAUCACUGUCGCAUAUGCGGCCAAAUUUUCUGCUCGCGAUGUGCUUCCAAUAUCAUUAAGGGAGCUCGCUUCGGUCACGACGGGAUGGUGCGAAUCUGCAACCUGUGCCUGGAAAAACUGGCGAAAGUGGAUGACGAUGACGACGACGAUAGGCGAUCCAUCACUUCCAAUGUCUCGUCUCCGUUCGCUGCACAUCAGCUAGGCGGAGAGCCUUUCUCGUUUGCCCUUGCGCACCAUCCACAGUCUCCGUUUGCUGCAUCCCAGCUAUUUGGUCGAACAGAUGAGCCCUUUAACUUGUUUUCCAUAGCGGAGACAAAGAGAUACUCCGGGUCCGAUGAUAGUAUGAUUGGUUCUCGACCGGAGACGCCCAACGAUGAUUCUGGGUCCGACCGCUUCAUCCGCGAGAACCCUGCACCGUUUCGAAGAGCACUCACCCAGGAGGAGAAGGACCCUGUUUCCCUCUCUGCAAAGUUCAGCCAUAACAAUUCUCCAACCGCAGCCGGUUCCAAGACUCCCGUCGACUUCCCUGUCUCAAUACCAAUAUCAAUGGACGCUUCGAUGAGCUCGGUUCAAUUUCCCGUCAGCUCUCCGGAUCAGGCGUACGCGUUCGAGAGUUCUGGGAUGCUCAGGUCGCGAUUCAAUUCGUAUGCUGACUUUGAGAUUGUUACACCAUUCAUUCGCAGCCGCGUCCAAAGCCGACUGGGCGAUAGCAUUGGCAGCGGUGAACCGGGAUGGCGUACCCGCAGAGAAAGCACUGCAUAUGCACAAGAACUGAACCUUAUCUCCAUGUUCCAUCUGCGGAUCAUGCUCCGCCAAAUGUUGACAUCAGAGAAUAUUCCUAAUAUUGGGGAGUGGGAGGAGACAUUGUUGAAGCUUGCCCUUCGGAUAGCUCGUGAGCUGACGUUCACUGCGCAUCCCAACCGUCAAGGUGCAGACAUGGACGUGCGGCGUUAUGUCAAGAUCAAGAAGAUCCCAGGCGGUGCGCCGAAAGAUUCUGAAUACGUUGAUGGGGCGGUUAUAACGAAGAAUGUUGCUCACAAGCAGAUGCUUCGCACUCAGCAUAAUCCGCGCAUCAUGCUCGUCACGUUUCCCUUGGAGUUUCAUCGGGUCGAAGGACAGUACAUGCACUUCGGACAGAUUUUCAGACAAGAGAAGGAGUAUCUCGGCAAUUUGGCGAGCCGUAUCGCUGCUCUGCGCCCACAUGUCGUGUUGGCAGAGAAUUCCGUCUCGAGAUUGGCACUCGAUGCCCUUGCGAAACACAAGAUAGCCGUGGCACGGACGGUCAAGCCAUCUGCCGUCCAAUUUGUAGCCCGAAUGACUCAAGGAGACGUCUUUUCCUCCAUGGACAAGCUGGCAUUGGAGCCGCGUCUCGGACAUUGUGCCCGUUUUCGCAUACAGACGUUCGAUCAUCCUCUCAUUCCCGGUCGGCGGAAAACCUAUAUGCGGUUCGAAGGAUGUAACGGCGAGAUGGGUUGCACCAUCGUCCUCCGGGGAGGCGACAUCGACACGCUGAAACGCAUCAAGAAAGUUACUCGAUUCCUCACCUUCAUCGUCCGUAACUUGAAAUUGGAAACCCACCUGUGGAAAGAUUCAAUCAUUACUCUUCCGCCACUCACUGCGGAAGCCACUCCGGCCAAUUACUCUUCCGCUUCUAUGAGUCCAUCAAUGUCGGUUCCAUCCAUCUCUGUUUCGAUGCAACAUCUGUUGUCUCAACAUAUUGGCGAGACCAAGGAGACAGCCUCGGACAAGGCAUACUUCGAUCCCAUGGUGGAAGAUUUACCGGAUGAAGACGCGGAGCAAAUGCGUCUGUCGCGACGCAUACAGGAGUCACUCGAACCAUACCACAAGACGUUCAUAUCUGUCUCCGCCACUCUGCGUUUCCCCCCUCCAUACCCAAUUCGUCGGAUGAAGGAGCUGGAUGACGAGCUAAUCCGCGUCAAAAGGGAGUGGGAGGACGAAGUCAUACGCCGAGAGGAAAAAGUUGCUUCUGCCCACAAGCAGGAGGAUACCAUUGUGCAGGCCCAGAGCGUCCCACGAUCCCCAGACAUGGACGAUGUUGCAGCCCAGAUUGAGUCCUUGCCUCUUCCUGAACUAGAGAUGACUCCUGUGCCCGAGGACACAAGUUCAGUGCCGGAUGAACACCCCAGCUACUUCGACCUGAGCGCUAGCUUCCCAUCGAAACCACUUUCAAACGGCGUCAUGACUUCUCCUCUUCCUCGUCUUCUGAGCGAGGAACUUCCAGCUCCGAUGAAAACUUUGGAGGACAUUAGGCUUGAGAGUCGACUCAAGCAUGUGCAAUGGCAGCAUGCGGAGCAUCGCCGCAUCUGGGAAUGGUAUUUGCGCAAGAACAAGGACGACUUUGACGUUGAGAAGUACCAGUGUAUCAGUCUGUGGGAAGCUACAAUACCCAUGACAGAAAUUGGGAUCCAUCGUGCUUGUUUUCCUCCGCAGCUGAAGUACAUCACUUUCUACGGGGAAAAUGAUUGCACACUCGGCCAAUUCAUAGAACAGUCCGUCAUGGAGACUCUCGUUCGUUUCUUGGAUCCCAGAGCGAUCUGCGAGAACAAGACGUGCAAUCAGCCACUAGCCCGCCAUUGCAAAGUCUUCGUGCACAACGAGACCCGUCUGAUUGUUGCUGUGGAGCAGUGGGAUGGCCAGAUUGUGAACAGGACGAACAAUGAUACCAUCAUCACUUGGAGUGCCUGUCGAGUCUGUGGCUCAGCAACGCCAUUCAUCCCUGUCUCUCCAGAAAUGCAGAGAUACUCCUUUGCGAAGUUUCUCGAGCUCCACUUUUACCCCGCUGAUGUGCAGCUUGUCCAGGGUGCAGGCUGCCACCAUAACAUCUACCAAUAUCACAUCAGGUAUUUCGCUAUCAGAGGUAUGACGGUACGCUUUCAGGCAGAUCCCGUAGUCCUACACGAGAUCGUCUAUCCACCCAUGCGCGUUCGAAUUCGUCCAGAAACCCAGCUGGAAAUCAAGAAUUCGGAUUUCGAGCGACUGCAUCUCAGAAAUAAUCUCUGGCAUUCAGCGUUGGUUGACGAUCUCAAACUGAUAACCAUCGAUGCGGCCACUGGCGAUGAAGAAUCGGAUGCUCGCUUGACCGCGGAAAUCAACCACUUAAUUACGAAGGCCGAAUUAGAGAAGACUGAUAUUGCUAAGCUCGUAAACAAACUCUACCGAGAGACGCCUCCGACAGACACUCUCGCACUAAACCAGGUGCGAGCUUAUCGUCAAGACAAGAUUGUCGCAUGGCAGCAAGACUUCGAUAAGCUGCCGAAACCGAGAGCGAUUGACCGUAACAGCAGGAAGGCCUCAGCGUUUGGGUCAGUGCGUGCGAUGUGGCCCAGGAGAACAGAGGUCUAUGGACCAUACGGUCCCCUUGAGAACCAUCCGGCACCUUCGUCAAGUGUUUCCGAGGCAGAAGAAGGAGGUCCCUCGAUGCGGAGGGUUACCGGAGAAUCGUUCGCGUCGACCUCUUCGGCUUCUGAUGCUUCCGAAACGGAGUCUGUCAUGCGACGCAAGGAAAAGCUACCUGCCGCAGGGACAACGAAAUCCUCUGUUACUGAGGUUCCUUUCACACCUUCAGCUGUAGCUGAAGUGUCCGUCAAAUCAGAUCACGACAGUGACUCGACUAUUGGCGUGGAGCGCGGAGAUGCUAUUUCUUCCCUGGAGGUUUCAAUAUCGCUAGAUCAAGACGGGAAUGAUGUUGAACGUACACUGCAGUAUGUCUCACGGCUACCCAGAAGGCCAACCAAUUACCCCAGCGUUGCCGAGCUUGUCAAGAGAUACCAAGAUUUCUUACCGCCUCAGGGUGUGGAAGAGCUGACAAAGACUGCAUUCCCUCCUGGCGUACCUGUGUCGGAGAGUGAACAAGAUGUGCAUCUCCCGCGAUCUCGCAUACGCAGCAAAGGGAAACGUCAGCUCCUCAACAGGAAGUCGUCUGCAUCCGACUUCGAGCAGGGUUAUGCUGCUAACAUUGCACCCAAGUAUCUCACGCACGCCAGACGACCGUUUGGGCAAGGUAUUCAGAACAGUCGCAUUCCUGGCCCUGCCAUGUCCUCGUUGGACUCUGGAGAGCCAUCGCGCCGAGCUUCCCCGGAUAAACGGCCUCCCUCCCCUUCCGCGGGAAGACAGAACACUGUUACGCCUUUCAACCCAAAGAGAAGAAUCAAACCAGGCCAGCGUAGCUCGAUAGGAGAAAGGGCACCCCCUUCGCGUCCUCCUAGUAGCGCUGGACCGAAAUCCACGAUCAGGCGACAACCGGGUCCUGGAAGCAAAGUCUCUAACAUCACAAAGCACUUUGAGCGCAUCAGCAAAGACAGCGAACGCACCAAUCGACGCUAUGCUGUGAUUCGAGGUAGAAAACCGCGUCCAGUGGCUUCUGCUCGCGCGAAAGUGGAGGUUCUCGAUAGUAUCAAGGAUGCUAUUAAGGACGAAUCUGAGAGUUCAGAUUCUAGCGAAGCCGACGAUGAAGAUGACGAUGAUGAGUUGCCUGGACAUAAUGCGCAACUCAAGCCGGCAGAAUCCUCACCUCUAGAGGAUACGCAUCUUGGAAGCUGUACUGAGAUUCAUGCUGUCUGCGAAUCGUCUGCUCUACCUGAAAAGCCUCUUGCACAAGACCAACUCGAUUCUCUUCCUGGAGAAUUGGCUCAUGAUGCUGCUUCGUCUGAAUCAAUGCUUGGGUCACCCGUAUUGUCUGCCAUAACAUCUGAUACCACUGUAUUAGCUUCUCCUACUCCUGACCUGGACGUCGGUGCCCCGGGUACAGAACGUCAUUCUAUCCUGAAGGCGCUGUCUGGGUUUUGGCCUCAACAGGUCCCGCAGCCACGCCACCGAGUGGACGUGGAUAUUGAUGAUCCAAUGUCUGACCCCGAACACAUCUUCCGCAAUUCGUCAAUGGUUGUGCGCACUGACGAACCCACUUCUAUCAUCGCGUUAGCUUUGAAUUCUCCUCAAUAUCGAGACAUGCUAGCUAGAUCCCGUGCUGAGAAACGUCAGGCAAAGGAACCAAAGCUGACAGACGGUAGUGGCGAAGCUUUCAUGCCCGAUGACAAAUCCGUUGCUGAUUCCACAUCCACAUGGGGUGUUGUCAAUGUGGAAAGUUCAGAAGGCGGAGAUCCGACAGAGGAGUUACGGGUGCCUUCCUCGAAGCAGCCAUGGGCCAUUUCUUUUGAAAGUGGUGGUUUGACAAUUGGCUGCACGGUGCUUUAUCCUGAGCAGUUUGAUGCCCUCCGCCGAACAUAUGAUUGUGAGAGAAGCAUGAUAGAAUCGCUAGCACGAUGCGUGAAAUGGGAUGCAAACGGAGGAAAGUCCGGUUCAGCAUUCUUGAAGACUCUCGAUGAUCGGUUCAUUGCCAAGGAAUUAUCAAGAGCCGAACUCCAAGCAAUGGAAACUUUCGCACCUGCCUACUUUGAUUACAUGUCAAGCGCAGUAGUCGCUAAUCGCCCAACCCUUCUCGCAAAGAUUUUUGGUUGUUUCAAGAUCACCUUUCGCAAGACUCACAAGCAUCAAGGAGCAAGCAAAUCAAAGGCGACACAGAUGAACCUCCUGGUCAUGGAAAAUCUCUUUUACGACCGUCGUUUCUCCAAGAUCUACGACCUGAAGGGGUCGACGCGCAAUAGGCACGUGCAGUCGACUGGACGAGAAAACGAGGUUCUUCUGGAUGAGAAUCUGGUUGAAACCUCUCACCUAGCUCCAUUCUAUCUUCGCGAACACUCCAAACGUAUACUCCGUGGUUCUCUUUUCAACGACAGCAAGUUCCUUGCUGAUAUCAACGUAAUGGACUACUCGCUGGUGGUUGGUGUCGACAGCUUAAAAAACGAGCUGGUCGUGGGUGUUGUUGACUAUAUCAGGACUUACACGUGGGACAAGAAAUUGGAAAGCUGGGUCAAGGAUUCUGCCUUCUUAGGUGGGGCGAAUAAAGGGGAGCCUACGAUCAUUGGUCCUCGACAAUAUCGCCAACGUUUUCUGAGUGCUAUGGAACGAUACUUCCCAUUGGUUCCUGAUAGGUGGAUGAAGCAGCACGAUGCACCAGAAGAAGAGGGCAACAAUCUGCUUGACUUAUGGCCAGAUUGGUGA